GACUCUAUUGGUCAAUGCCAUAAAUUAUGACCUUUUGACGAGAAUACCCUACGUAACUCUAACAGCAUUAUCUCAUCUAAUCUCAAAACUGUUUCUCUACAGUUUUGUAUUGACUAGAAUCAAGAUUACAACACAUAUCAGGUAAUCAAUAUGCGCUUGUUCAUCGGCGACUAUGAAGUCCGAAAAUGAUUCUAAAGCAAGCUAUUUUAAAUGUACUGAAAUUUCAGCUUUCUAAUAGUCGAUGCAUCCAAGUAAAUUGUUCAAUGACUCCAUAUAUCCUUCAGGUGUAUCAGUAAUAAUUAGAAAGAUAAGUCAGUGUAUCCAUAAAUAAAUAUCAAAUUAGAAAUCAACAAUCAAAAGUGACCUAUUUAAAAUGAGAGGGUACUGAUGACUGGGUUUAUUCUCAGUUUGCAAUCAAGAUUUUAUUAACCCAUUUGUACCGGAAUUUAUAUUUCACGCACACACAUAGAUAUUGGAUACACUACUAUUCAAAUGAAUUUUCCUGUUGAUCAUUUCUUUAUCUUAAUAAAUGCAUUUGUACAUUUAGUUGUAAACAUACAGUUGGUCUGGCUGAAUCCACAUGUAACUGAAGAAACAAUAGUAAAUAUACCGAAAGUAUACUUCAUUCAUCCUGGUCCAUCUGUUUCAAGGAGUCAGUUAAUCAAGAAUCAGUUUCAAUCAUAUAAUGGUUCACAUUUUGAGAAACCAUAUAAUUACAAAGUCAAAAAACACAAAAUGAAUAAUAAUGCUACUAAUAAUAAUAACAGUAGAUUUUAUAAUGGAACUCAAACCAAUUCAAGACCGAUGCACAAAAAGAUUUUUAAAGAUUACAACAUAUCAAAAACCACAUUAUUCGUCGAAAGAUUACAUGAAAAAGUAAAUUAUUUUAUACCAAAGUCACUAAAAUUUGAGCCAGAGAAAGAUUUGGCCAUAUUAUAUCCAGAAAGCACUUGGCUUGACCCAUGCAAAGCCACUGCAUACUAUGGGGAUAUAGCGUUGGAUGAACAUGAAUCUCAGAUAAUGUUGUCAAAAGGCAUGGUAUUAUCUGAUGACCCAUUACAAAUAUGGAAUUUGGAAGAUAAUAAAGAAACGAACACUGGGAGAAAUAAACAUUCUAACAUACCUAAUUCUAACCCAUUGGAUGAUAUUAAAAGAGAAAUAAGCACUCAUUUAGCUGGUAACUCACGUCAUUUGAAACAAAAGCAUAUUCGAAGUUACAAAGAUAUGGCAGACAGAAAUCUCCCACGCAAACUCAAAAAUCUAACAAGUAAACGAAGGGACCAAUCGAAGAAAUUUAGCCAACGGUGGCAGAGAAGGAGGAAUGAAUUAAUUAAACGUCGAAGAUAUAACCAACUUAAGGCUGAAACACAAGCAUUUAUUCAGUUAAAUAAAUCAUAUCAACAGAAAGCUGACAUAUUAAUGUUUACUCCUGAACAAAGAAAAAGGAAAGAGUUUUCUCAAGGUAAAAGAAGGUCUAAAAGAGCAGCUACAGCUUAUGUUUCAAGAACAUGGACAAACGGAGUUAUUCCAUACAUAAUACAAGCAAAUUUUUCAAGUGAAACUAAAGCUACGAUUAUGAAAGCUAUGCGACAUUGGGAAAAUUAUACCUGUCUUAGCUUUGUUGAAAGGCAACCACAUCACAGAUCCUACAUAAUCUUCACUGAAAAGGCAUGUGGAUGUUGUUCAUACGUCGGACGACGUAGUGAAGAUGAACCACAAGCUAUAUCAAUCGGAAAAAAUUGCGACAAGAAAGGGAUCGUAAUUCAUGAACUUGGUCAUGUGAUUGGAUUUUGGCAUGAACACACUAGACCUGAUCGAGAUGAACAUGUAGAUAUUCUACUCGAUAAUGUUGUUGAAGGACAAGAUUUUAAUUUUAAAAAAAUGGAUCCAGGUGAAGUGAACUCUCUUGGUGAACCAUAUGACUAUAGUUCUAUUAUGCAUUACGCCAAAGGAACAUUUGCUAAAGCGAAUAAAGAUGAAACAAUCAGACCAAAAGCUUGUUGUCCACGACCACCUAUUGGUCAACGUAUUCAAUUAAGUCCUGGUGAUAUUCGACAAACAAAUAAACUCUAUUUAUGUCCAGCAUGUGGUCGUACACUUCUAGAACCAGUAGGAAGUUUGUCUUCACCACAAAUGGCAUGGAAAUUAGAAGAUCGUUUUGGUGGUUUAGAGCAAUCAAUUCAAUUGGGAAAUGCUAUAUCAGUUGAUCAUCUUUUACCAGAUGAUAACGAGAAUAUGUAUCAUCCCUAUCGAUCAUUAACAAAUGGUAAUUCAAUUGAUGGUGGUGAAGAUCAUAGUUUAAUUGGUAUGGUCAACGAUAAUAAUUAUAAGUUAAAAACACUUCCAUAUAAUCCAUUUAAAGGAUCAUUCAAUAAUGAAGAAGUUCCAUUGAUAGCAAUGAGUCGUUUAUCUAAACUAUCGAAAACAAGUUCAUCAUCUACUUUAGGUUUCACAUCAGCUAGUCCUAUACUUUGUCAAUGGAGAAUAAAUGCUGCAUCAGGUGAACGGAUACGUUUAAAUUUUACACACAUGGAUAUAUCUGGACCAAUAACACAAGAUUCUAUACAUACACCAAAUAAUUUAAAUGAUUUACACAAAGCAUACGAAUUAAAUCAAAAAAGUAUCAAUCGUAUCUCAUGUAUUAAUGAUUAUGUAGAAAUAAGAGAUGGAUAUUAUUCUGGUUCACCAUUAAUUGGUCGUUACUGUGGUCAAAAUUUACCUCCACAGUUAAUUUCAACUGGAUCACGUCUUUGGUUAGAAUAUAGAAGAUCUGCUGGGAGUAUGACAACAGGUUUUAUCGCUGAUUAUGAAGCUAUAUGUGGUGGAGAAUUACAAAUGGAAGAAGGGACACUAACAAGUCCAAAUUACCCAGAAUUUUAUCGACCAAGUAAAGAGUGUGUUUGGCAAAUUAUCGUUCCCGUGGGUUAUUCUGUUGCACUGAUAUUCCAUUCAUUUCAGCUAGAAAAACAUGAUACUUGUGUAUACGACUACUUAGAGGUACGCGAUGGUUUAAAAGAUACAUCCCCACUGCUGAAGAAACUAUGUGGAUCACAUCUACCCACUCCAAUUAAAUCAACCAAUAAUGUGAUGUAUGUAAAAUUUGUAUCAGAUAGCUCAGUAGAAAAGCAAGGAUUUACAGCCACAUUUCAGAAAGAAUUUGAUGAGUGCAAAACUAUGAAACAUGGUUGUUCACAUACUUGUGUCAAUACACUUGGAGGUUAUCGAUGUCAAUGUGAGAUUGGUUAUGAACUACAUGCAGAUGGGAAACGUUGUGAAGAUGCAUGUGGAGGGGUAAUCAAUGAGUCGAAUGGUACUAUUCAAACACCUUUGUUUCCUGAUUUAUAUCCACCUAAGAAAAAUUGUAUCUGGAAAAUUUUGGCACCACCUAAAACGACAAUAUUUCUUAAUUUUACACAUUUUAAUUUAGAAGGUCAUAAUCGAGCAUGUCGAUAUGAUUUUAUCAAUGUUUACAAUGGUUCAACAGAUAAUCAACAGAAAAUCGGCACAUUUUGUGGUGAUCAAAUACCGGAGCCUAUUACAUCCCAUACAAAUGAACUCAGUAUUGAAUUUUAUUCAGAUACAUCUGUACAGCGUACUGGUUUCAGAGCUGUAUUCUUUACUGAUCGAGAUGAAUGUGCUGAUAAUAACGGAGGUUGUCAACAUUUAUGUAGAAAUACAAUAGGAUCAUACCAUUGCGCUUGUCGACCAGGUUUUAAUCUUUACGGCAGAUAUGAAUGCAAAGAGAACAUUAAAACUGGAUGUCAGCAAGAUAUAUCUUCACCUGAUGGGGAAAUUAUCACUCCGAAUUGGCCAAAUGAAUAUCCUGUGAAGCAAAAUUGUCAUUGGAAAAUUACUGUAACACCUGGUCAUAGAGUGAAAGUUAUAUUUGCCGAUUUUGAACUUGAGUCACAUCAACAAUGUACGUAUGAUCAAGUUAUAGCUUAUGAUGGACCAACAAAUAGUUCCGCUUUUCUUGGUCAAUACUGUGGUAGUCGAAAACCUGGCCCAAUUAUUUCUUCACAGAAUCAGUUGUUGCUUACAUUUAAUUCUGAUUCAUCUGUACAACGUAAAGGAUUUCGAGCUCAACAUACUACAAUUUGUGGUGGUCAUCUAACUGCUGAUAAUGUUGCGCAAACACUUUAUUCACAUGCUAAGUUUGGUGAUCUCGAUUACGAAUCAAAUCAACAGUGUUACUGGACAAUUACUCCGAAAUUAGAUAAUCAUACUGUUCUACUGAAAUUUCUUUAUUUUGAAGUAGAAGAAGAAACGCUAUGCACGUACGACUAUCUUCGAGUUUUCGAUGGAGGUGAUCCUAAAGGGAAACUUUUGGGUGGUUUUUGUGGGAGAACUCUUUCAUCUCAAAACAGUUCAGAACCAUUGAAUCUUGAUGGUGUAUUCUCAACAACAAGUUUAUUAUUGACAACAUUGAAUUCUAACAAUUCAACACGAUGUUAUGAAAAACAUCAGUACCAACAACAGUAUAGUGAAGAUGAUGAAAUAAACGUUACUAAUGAUACUAUUAGUACUAGUAGUAGUAGUAAUAAUAUUACUCCAACUACAAUUACAUCAGGAAUGAUAAAGGCGAAUAAAAAAGUCACUUCAUAUCCAGAAUAUACACAAGUUAAUGUUCAACGAAAAAAUUCCAAUGAUACGAGUCCAAAUGAACAUAAUGAUUAUAUUACGAAAGAGGUGACUACAUCAACAAUAUCAUUAUCAUCAUCAUCAUCACCAUUAUCAUCAACAUUUUUAUCAGGAGUUGAAAAUCGAGACAACACAACGUUAAUUACAACAAGUAAUAAUGAUAUUAUUAACAAAAAUAGAACACCAUCUAUAAAUUAUACAAAUAUUCAUGAACCAUUCAAUAGAUCACUAUUGAAUUUUGUAAAUCAAACAAUGAAUCAAAGUGAAUUGGACAAAAGCGAAUUAUCGACUCAUCGGAAAUUCCCUAUCAGUAGUACAUUACCGUCAAUGAGCUCGACUCCUGUCAGGAAUCUUUUCCCAAACACAAUAACGAAUAACAAUGCUGCUAAUAAUGAUAUAAAUCAAUUAGCACAUAAUAAACAGCUUGAUAGUUUCUUACAAGGUCAAACUACAUUAAAUGCGUUAUCUUUGGCUUAUUCUUCUUUAAUUGCGAAUGGAUUAUGUAGUAUAGGAAAAGAAUAUGAAAAGGCUUUCACUGCCGAUAGUAAUAAUAAUACUAUUAAUAAUAAUGGUAUUAACACUCAUAGCAACAUUACUUCACAAUCAGAUAAAUUUAAAUCCAUCCUACAGCGUUCUUCAAUUGCGAAUUUAUUUAAACAACACUCCAUGAUCUCAACGUCAGAGACUGCAUCAAUUCAACCAUCGGUAGGUACGGCGAUUUCACCAAUAUCUACUGCACAAUCAUCGCCAUCGUCAAUAUUUCUAGCUAAUUCACUAGAAAAAAUUAAUUCAGGAAAUUUAUCAAAUUCAUUUAUUCCAAACAUAAAUAAUAUUAUAAAUAAUAACAAUGUCAGUAAUCCGCGUCAUGUUCAUCAGGUUCAGAAGAGUUUCCUAAAUCCUAUAUUGGGAAAUGAAAGUAAUUCAUGUCAAUUGAAUUUCCCUGCAAUUAUGAAUGAUCUCUUAAUUGAAAAUUUGGAAAGUUGGCAACAUCUUCAGAAAAAUGCAGUAUCAUCUAAUAUUGAUCCUCAUUUAUUAAACUUCUAUAAUGGAUCCUGUUGCCCUGUUGAAUUGACUAAUACAAAUCGACGUAAAAAUGCUACUAGAGAAACAACUAGUUUGCUUAAAUCAUGGCUAAAUGAACAUCGUAAAAAUCCAUAUCCUACAAAAGGUGAAAAAAUCAUGCUUGCACUUAUUACAAAAAUGAGUUUAACACAAGUAUCAACAUGGUUUGCAAAUGCUAGAAGACGAUUGAAAAAAGAGAAUAAAGUAACAUGGAAUUUACGUACAGAUUGUUUAUCAGAUGUUGAACACGAUGAACAAUCUAUUGAAAAUGAAGACAUUGAUUGUGACGAUGAUAAUGAUGAUAAAGUUAAUACUAAUGAUCAUGAUGUUAAUAGUAGUAAUACUAAUGAACAUAAUUUACAAGGAAUAACCGGUUUGGAAGGUCUAAAACAUUAUUUACUAAGUAAAAAUACAGAAAAUUAUGAUAAAUUAUCAUUAAGUAAAUUAUUUGAUAAAAAUGGAAAUUUACAAACAAUCAUUGAAAGUAAUAAAAGUAAAUUAAGUAGUAGAUUGCGUAAUUUUACAAAUAAUUGUGAUCAAUUAGAUUGCAUACCAAGUAAACGUCCAAGUUUAGACUAUAAUGAUCACGUAUUGACCAAUGUGUCCACAGUGAAUUCAUUGAAUCAAGAAAAAGAAUAUUGUACAAAUAAAUCCAGUACAAAUGUUAAAUUGGAAACACGUAAAAUCUGGUCAUUAGUCGAUAUGAUGAACGAGCAAAAUAAUAAUUCACAAAACUCUAGACAUGAAUUAUUUGAUGACAAAACAACAAUGAAUGUACAGAAUAAUAUAUGUGAUAAUUGGUCUUUAGAAGAAAAUAGUGACUCACAACAGCCUCCUAAGAAUCUAUGGAAAACUUCAAAUGAAUCAUUUACUCACCAAAUGAAAAUGAAUACUGUAAUUGCUGAUUCUCCUGACAUUAUCAGAAAUAAUAAUAAUAUGAAUGAUGACAAUGUAAAUCGGAAAUUAGUAGGAAACUCAUCUUUUCCAAUUACUUCCGUCGGUAAUAAUAGUAGUACUAGUAGUACCACUGAUAGUAACAUUGACAUCCCAAAUGAUUCGUCAUCUUUAUUUUCUCCUAGUACAUUAGCAGCAUUUUAUUUGUAUUAUCAACAAAAUUUACAACGGGCACAAGAACAAAAUCAUUUAAUAACAACAUCUUUGUCAAAUCAAUAUCCAUUGACUGGACAUCAACAAAAAUCUCAUGGACAGAAAUUACCUCCCUUAAAUUCUCCUAAUUUAAAUAACAAUAAUAAUAUUUUAUAUACUAAACCAUUCCUUCAAUACGACGAACAUUUGUCCAGCUUAUUUCAGGGUAAUAGUUCAUUAAAUUUGAAUUUAUUAAAUAAAGAAACACAACAAUAUGCAAGAUCAUUGUGUUUACAUAAAAAUCAUUCAAAUCAACAAGUAACCACUAGUCCAAGUGAAGAAUCAUGACAAUAGUAAUGAGAAUAACAAAAGAAUAUUGUUGUGAAGUAAUUGCAUUCCAAUUAUUGAAGAGAUACAGAAUUCAAAUCAAAUAUACACUAUUCGUUAAUCCUCUUCCUCCAGGUUCCAAUGAAACCCAUCUAUAAAAAUUAAUUAUAAACCAAAAACA